AUGAUUUCUCUUAGAAUCCCAAUGUUCAAGAGAGAAGCCAGAGAAAAUGUGCACAUAUGGCUGUGCCAGACAAAGAAUAUUCUACAUGCCCAAGAAGUUACUAAUAAGGGACAAAUGAUACAUUAUGCCACAACAGGAUUUGAAGAGGCUGCACUCCACUGGUUCGUUAAUAAGGUUAAGGAUACCACCACCACUGCCUUUACCGACUAG